GCGAUAAAUGCUAGCUGUUCCACCUUAUAUAUCUAUAGUUUUUUAACAGUUUCUAGUACUCUCUUCUCCGUUUUAUCUAUUCUCGUUAUAAGAAUAUACUUUAAAUAAAUAAAAAUGUUGAACAUAGAAAUUGUAGGAGCAUUCAUAAGAUGCAACUUCGAUAUACCAGUCUCUGUCCGAAAAUUAAAAGAAAGAAUCGAAGAAGUAACGGGGCUUUUAUGUGACCAGUAUUACGUUCUGCAUAAUGGUCGACUUAUACAGGAAAAUGACAUCUACUUGAAUAGCCAUGCAACUGUGGUUCCAAGACUGUUGGGUGGUAAAGGUGGAUUCGGAUCUAUGUUACGUGCAAUAGGCGCACAGAUUGAGAAGACCACAAAUCGCGAAGCCUGCAGAGAUCUCAGCGGUCGUAGAUUACGUGACAUAAAUGAGGAAAAGAGGUUGAAAGCCUGGAUUGAAAAGCGGAUCAAGAGAGACAAGGAGGCGGUGGAACGUAAACAGAAGAAACUGGAAAAAUUAUGCGCUCAACCGAAACACGAGUUUAAAGAUCAGCGUUACGAUCAGGAACGUGCAGAGUUGACUGAGAGAGUUGGAGACGCUGUGGAAGAAGGAUUUAAGGUCGCUGGUACAUCAGGUAUCAAGAGAAAACAAGAGGAGAACAAUAAACCCAAUAAACGCAACACCAUGUUGGAUAUGGGAAUUGAUUCUGACGAAUUUGAAGAUUCUGAUGACAGUGAUGAAGAUGAGGUGUUGUUAGUUAUAGAAAAGGCCAGAAUGAAAGCGCAAGCAUUGAUUGAAAGUGAACAUUCUAGUGACGAUAGCAAAAAUGUCAAUGAGCACAUCAAGAAAAUAAAAAGCGAAUCGUUAAUUGAUAAUCAGAUGAACAUUAAAUUAAGUGAUGACUCAGUAAAUACAAAAUGUAUUAAAUUGUAAAUGUAUAAAAAGUAUCAUAAAAGAUUAUCAUGUUUAUAUCGCCUUUAAAGUUAGAUUAAUUGCUUUAUAUUAGGAUUGAUUUACUGUUUUAUCUUUAUUGUCAAAUAACAUGUUAUUGCUUUAAUUUCAAACAUGUUAUGUCAUUUAUUAAUGAAUAAUUACAAGAGAAUAAAAAAUUUAAUAACAAAUUGCUUAAA